ACCAUCGGCGAACAACAGCGGACCGGUACGUCUUGUAGUUAGUCGACAGAUAGUAUAUACCCUACUGUACACUUUGCUCUUGAACUUUAGCAAGCCGUAUAGAGCGCACAGAACCACAAGGCAAAUUAUAUGUUCUUUUGAGGUUUGAUUUUGAUAUUAGAAAGGGGACAAUAAAAAUAACUCUUUUUGCUGUAUGAAUUCUUGAGAGAAGUUAGCUAGAGUUUAGUCAUGUCAGCUUUAGGACCUGGACGAGGUUCGGCACUGGGUCCUGGACCGAGAUCUGCUCUCAGCCCGCUGAACCCACAAGAAGAGGAAGAUAAGAUCGAUCGACCGGUUAUUACCGAUCAAGACGUAACGGAAGCCGGUGAAGGACUUCAAGCCAACCCAUUCACUAUCUCAGAAUCAUUCAACAGACUCGAGGAUGGAGAUGCUCCCCAUAUCUUCAGCGGUGGAGCCAAGGGUAGUGAAACCGUUUUCCAGAAGGAUGCGAGGGAAGCCCAGCCCGUCAGAACCCUGAAGAACGUUCCGCACGGCCAUUGCGUCGGAUGCGGCGAAAAAAUCACAGGGAAGUACACAAGGAUUCGUGACCAUGGAUUUCACCACGAUUGCUUCAAUUGCGCCGUCUGCGGCAAGAAUAUGAGAGGAAUUGGUUAUUUCGAGGUCAAGGGUAACUUUUACUGCAAGGUACACAGACCGAUGUAAAAAAAAGUUGUCAACCAAUUUUUAUACCAAAUGAUUGCAAGUUUUACAAUAUAGAAAAAAUGCUCCCUUUGUUAUUCGCUUAAUCCACAGUUAAAGGGAUGGUCUGGGCUGAAAUUAUCUAUAUCUAAAUAAAUAAAGUAAAAUUCACAGAGCAACAUG